GGGCCCGGGCUGAGCCGGACCCCGCCUGUCCCCGCAGAUGCAUCACUGCAAGAGGUACCGGUCCCCGCAGCCCCAGGGCUGCCUGGGCCACCGCUGGAAGAGGAGGAGGUCCCGCAGCAGGGACGGCUGCGAGGGGAGGCUGCGGGAGCCCCCCCGCAGGGAGCUCGGCCGGAGGUCACGGUCCAGGAGCGCUGAGAGGAUGCCGUACCCGCGGCGGUGCAGGCGGGACAGCGAUGCCUACAGGUUUGAAGAGCGAAGCCCGUCCUUCGGAGAGGAUUAUUACUCGGGCCGCGGGCGGAACUGGCGGCGUUCCAGAGGCCGGGAGCAGCACCGUGCCAGGAAGUACCAGUACCACUGCCGGAAGCGCAGGACCAGGUCUUGUAGCAGUACCUCCUCGAGAAGCCAACAGAGCAGUAAGCGCAGCAGGAGCGUGGAAGAUGACAAGGAAGGCCACCUGGUGUGCAGGAUCGGCGAUUGGCUUCACGAGCGAUAUGAGAUCGUCGGCAGCCUCGGCGAGGGCACCUUUGGCAAGGUGGUGGAGUGCGUGGACCAUGCCAGAGGCAAAUCCCAGGUGGCACUGAAAAUCAUAAAGAAUGUUGGCAAGUACCGAGAGGCAGCCAGGCUGGAGAUCAACGUCCUCAAAAAGAUCAAAGAGAAGGAUAAGGAGAACAAAUUCCUCUGUGUCCUGAUGUCAGACUGGUUCAACUUCCACGGCCACAUGUGCAUCGCCUUCGAGCUGCUGGGCAAGAACACUUUUGAGUUCCUGAAGGAGAACAACUUCCAGCCAUACCCUCUCCCUCAGAUCCGGCACAUGGCCUACCAGCUCUGCCAUGCCUUGAGAUUUUUGCAUGAGAACCAACUGACGCACACCGACCUCAAGCCAGAAAACAUCUUGUUUGUCAACUCGGAUUUUGACACUCUCUACAAUGAGAAAAAGAGCUGCGAGGAGAAAUCCAUUCGGAACACGAGCAUCCGCGUGGCUGACUUCGGCAGCGCCACCUUCGACCACGAGCACCACACCACGAUCGUGGCCACCCGGCACUACCGGCCACCAGAAGUCAUCCUGGAGCUGGGCUGGGCGCAGCCGUGCGAUGUCUGGAGCACCGGCUGCAUCCUCUUCGAGUAUUACCGCGGCUUCACGCUCUUCCAGACCCAUGAGAACCGGGAGCAUCUCGUCAUGAUGGAAAAGAUCCUCGGGCCAAUUCCAUCCCACAUGAUCCACAGAACUCGGAAGCAAAAGUAUUUCCACAAUGGAAACCUGGUUUGGGAUGAGAACACGUCCGACGGGAGAUACGUCCAAGAGAACUGCAAGCCCCUGCGGACCUACAUGUUGCACGACUCACUGGAGCACGCGCAGCUCUUCGACCUCAUGCGGAGGAUGCUGGAAUUCGAGCCUUCCCAGAGGAUCACGUUCUCGGAAGCCCUCCUGCAUCCCUUCUUCACCGGCCUCUCCGCAGAGGAACGGAUGCUGUGCGGCCGCGGCGCCAGCCGGGACCUGAGCAGAUGACGGCCGGGGCCGGGGUGAUUCCUGCUGGAUUUGUACCUCCAGGAUCGGAGCCCCAGCCCUGCUCAGCCUCAGAGGGGCUGGAACACUGCACCAAGGACCCUGGGGCCGGGAAGGGGGGAAAAGCUCCGUUGGAAAGCACAGAUUUGUCUAUUUAUAUGUUGUAAAGUUAAAAUAAAGUGUUUCUUAUUGUUUGCUA